ACACAGCUGACAGACUUCAUAAGACGUCUCUCUGACUAAAGGCUGGACUUUAUUCUGUUUGCAAUAGAAACAACAGUGAACAUGAGGCUGUGGAGGGAAACUCUGGGUUUCCUCUUUCUGGUGGACUGUCUGGACUCUGCUCUCUCAUCACGGAGCUGCUCGUCCUUCUUCUGCCGAAAAUCUCACUCUGUCAGCGGCCUGAAUGGAGUCGACCCCGGGUCUCCUCUCUUCCUCACUCCAUACCUGGAGAAGGGAGCCAUAGAUGAAGCCAAGAAACUGAGUCUGGUAGGAGAUCUGCCAGGUGCAAACGUCAAGAGUCAUGCCGGGUACCUCACUGUCAACAAGAAAUACAACAGUAACCUCUUCUUUUGGUUCUUCCCUGCACUGAUGGCAAAUCAAGAUAAAGCUCCGGUGCUGCUCUGGCUGCAAGGCGGGCCCGGUGGAACCUCCAUGUUCGGUCUCUUUGUGGAACAUGGACCGUAUGUGGUGUUUAAGAACUUGACUGUUGGUAUGAGGGAUUACGCUUGGACAUUGAGAUAUUCAGUUUUGUACAUCGACAAUCCGGUUGGAACGGGUUUCAGCUUCACUGAUGAGGACGCAGGUUUUGCUCAGAACCAGGAUGAUGUCGGCAGAGAUCUGUACAGUGCUUUAACACAGUUCUUCCAGAUCUUUCCUGAGUAUCAGUCCAAUGAGUUCUAUGCAACCGGGGAGUCUUACGCAGGGAAGUAUGUUCCUGCCAUUUCUUACUACAUUCAUAAAAACAACCCCACUGCCAAGGUGAAGAUUAACUUCAUGGGGAUGGCUAUCGGUGACGGGCUCUGUGAUCCAGAACUGAUGCUGGGUGGUUAUGCUGAGUUCAUGUACCAAACAGGUAUGAUAGAUGAACUCCAGAAACAGUACGUCGUCGAGCAGACGGACUUUGGGAUUAAACUCAUCCAGCAGGAGAAGUGGCUGGAGGCUUUUCAGGUUUUUGAUAGCUUGGUGAUUGGUGAUAUUGAACCAUAUCCCUCCUUCCUUCAAAAUGCUACCGGCUGCACCAACUACUACAACUACAUGACAUGUCACGAGCCUGAAGACCAGGAGUACUUCUCCUCGUUUGUGACUCUGCCAGCUGUGCGGCGUGCCAUCCAUGUGGGGAACCUGAUGUUCCACGACGGCUCGGAGGUGAAGAAGUACCUUCUGCAGGAUCUCAUGAAGAGCAUCAAACCGUGGCUGGGGGUGCUGAUGGACAACUAUAGGGUGUUAAUCUACAAUGGUCAACUGGAUGUAAUCAUUGCAGCCCCACUGACUGAGAGGUUCCUGCCUACCGUCAACUGGACCGGGGCGGCUGAGUACAAAACAGCCCCUCGCUUCCACUGGAAGCUUCAGCCCAGCGACACCGAGGUGGCAGGUUAUGUGAGACAAGUUGGAGAGUUUUACCAGGUCAUCAUCCGAGGAGGAGGACACAUUCUGCCUUACGACCAACCGGCGAGGUCCUUUGACAUGAUUGACAGAUUCCUCUCAACAAAGGGAUUUAUAUGAUGUGUUUUUGGUGCUGAAACACAUAAGCACAACCACUUUAAAAAGCAUAUUUUUGAUUAAUGACUGUUGAUUGUCUCAGCCAAAUCAGCACCUUGUGGAUUUUUUUCCCCCCCAGUAUUUUAGCAGAGGUGACAUUUGGUGUGGGACGUUGGACUGCGAAUGAAAUAAGUUUCUCAUAGCCUGGAUCCAGACAUUUGAAUCAUCAAAUAGUGAAAAUAAGUGUUAAUGACUGCCAAUUCAGUCUGAUUAUCAAACCUGAGUUCUGUGAAAACUAUUUCACGUUUAUUUCUGUUUGAUUGUAUGAGGAAAAUAGUCUUUGUUGCAUUCAAUCAGAACAUGCUUGAUGAUGAAAUAUAAAGAAAACACCUUGAAACCAGAGAUGAAUUGUCUUGAAAUAAAAUGUUUUUUGUUUUUUUCUAAA